AAGUACUUUUGUUUAUGAUCUGUGCGCACGUGGUUAUUGAGAUUUCUUCUAAGUAUUCAGAAGUUAUUAUAUUUUCAAUGAAAAUGCAAGAAAUAAAAAUAAAAAUGGAAGUUGAUGAGGAUACAAAAGAAAAUGUAGAUAUCUCUUGUGUUAAAGAGGUCAGCUACGAAGAAAAAUUAAAAAUAGUAAAUGCAAUAGCCGGUCCUAUGGCACCAAAGAAAUUGACUAAAAGAAUAUACAAAUGCAUAAAAAAAGCAUCAAAACACAAGGGUUAUGUUAGAAACGGAUUGAAAGAUGUUCAGAAACAUAUUAGGAAAGGAGAAACUGGAAUUGUAGUAUUUGCUGGUGAUGUAUAUCCUAUUGAAAUUAUGUGUCAUUUACCAGUAGUAUGCGAAAAUAAAAAUAUUCCAUAUUGCUAUACUCCUUCAAGACAAGACAUUGGAACUGCUCUUGGUGUUAAGCGGGGGAGUUUGAUGGUUCUUAUCAAAGAACAUCCAGAUUACAAGGACAUAUACGAUGAGGUGAAAUCAGCAAUGGAAACAUUGUCAAGUCCAUUAUAAGAUUCUUAUGUGAAUAGUAUAGGUUAUUUUUUAUUUUAUGAGACACUAAAUAUAUUAAAAAUAUCUUUAUACAAACUGAUAAAUGAGAAGUUUGUAAGCUUAAUUUUUUGCUUGUAUAAAUAUUAAUGAAUAACAAAGUUAUAUUUUAUAAAACAGUGCUUGUAAUUAGAUGAAAUAAUUUUGUAUAAAACUUUGUAAUAUUUCAUGUUUCCAAACAAAUUUGAAAUAAAGUAGUCAAACAUGA